AUGGCCACUGCUUCCACUUUUGGAAUCUUCGCAUUCCGAUACUUCAAGACUGGCUACAUGAAGAUCUUUUUCACAGACGACUACCCGAGGGCAUCUCUGAGCGUUAUGUCGGCAGCCCUCGUCUUCAGCACCCUGCUGAGCCUCUUUGUGGAGCCGUUGCUAGCAUGGCUCUCGGACAAUACCCGUACGCUCUUUGGCCGUGACUGGGGCCGGCGAAAACCCUUUCUUUUCAUGGCUGCGCUCUUGGUGCCGGUCUUCAAUGCGUUGUCGUGGGCACCACCAACCGCGCUCUCUUUGGAGGCACAGCAGGAGUCUGAGUCGUGGUAUGCGCUCAACAGCAAUCAGAAUCUCACCCCCCCGACGUUCAGCUCCUUCGGGGCAGCGGUUUGGUACGGAGUCUUCCACAUCUUGGUCAGGGUCGUGGGAGACCCACUCCAUGACACAGCGAACAACGCACUGGUAGCCGAGCUGACUCCCGACUAUCAGGAGAAGACUUCCGUUUGGUCCUUCUUUGAGCUCUGGUCCGUGUUGGGCAUGCUUUUUGGGAUGGUGACCCCCAUCCUCGGGGAAUCGGAAUGUGCUUCCACACCGGAAACGGGCUGUUACUUUUAUCUCCAAUUCGCCAUCUUGGUGGGCGUGCUGUUCUCUGCGUCCACUCUUCUGAAGUGCUGGCUUGUCAAGGAGCGCGCGGCCCGGACGUUGGAGAAGGAGCCUGCUAGCCUGGUUGCGUCGAUCGUCUCGUGCUUCAAGAACUAUCCGUACUCCAUCCUCGUCUUCAGCGACAUGGUGGAAGGCUUUGGCGCAAACCUUCCGAUGGUGGUUCUUCCCUACAUCCUAGAUUGGGUCGUCGGGAAGCAGGCAGCCGAAGACCUCAUUGGUUCUUCUGGAAUGCUAUUUGCGGCCUGCGUGGUCGGGCACAUGGUCGUCCGCAUCAUCGCGACGCCCGUGUGGAAGUCGCUGGCAAAUCGAUAUGGCAAAUACAAGCUCUUCGUUGCAUUCAACAUUUUCUACGGCCUCCAUAUGUUCCUGUUCCUCAUGGUUGGCCAAGGUAAUGCUCUGCUUGCGGUCAUCCUUUGUGCCACGUGGGGCACAGCAUAUGCUGGCCACUGGCUGCUUCGCGAUAUCACAUCAGACGUGCUGGACUAUGACGAGUUGCUGACGGGUCACCGACACGAGGCGCAGUUCCUCAUGGCGUUGGACCUGGUGCCCAGGAUUUGCGAGGUGCCUGCAGAUGCACUGCCGUUCCUGCUGAUGAGCUACUACGGCUACAAUCCGGAUCUACCUCAGCAGCCAGAGUCUGUUCAAUGGGUGAUACGCAUGUCCUUCAGCGUCGUGCCUGGCCUGGCAGGCAUCUUUGGUACCUUCGUCUUGUACUUCUUCAAGCUCCGUAACUCGAAGCAGCACGCUGACAUCGUCAAUGGUGUCAUCGCGCAUCAGCAAGGUCAGACGGUCGUAGAUCCGCUGACGGGUCUGAUCAUGCCGCCCAUCAAACGUCAUGCAGACAACUCCGCCGAGUACGAGGGGCGAGUCGUCGGCUCAAAGGCAAUGCAGAUUUUGGAGCACUUUUUUGCUUCCGAGAUCAAUGCCGCAUGCGCUGCAGGGGACGUGGGCAAGCUCAUUUGCCGGCCCGUCCUGUACUCCGUGAUUGCGUUUUGUGUCGCCGUGCCCGGCGUGGCCAUAACAGCAGCAGGCUGGCCGGCCAUGUACGCCGGAGAGCACUCCUGGGCACCCAUUGGGAUGAUCUUUGCUUGCAAGCUGGAUAUGUUUAGGGUUCAGGAUUAUGGCUAA